GUCAAAACUUUUUACUAGAACGAAGCUGUAUUAAACUGUCUUCAGUUACCAGUACAGGAGUGCCGCCAUUUUGGAGGAGGCCAAACUCCCUCUGUGCGGCAUCGUUGUAUCUGCUCCCUAAGGUCCCAGCCUGCCAAGUUUCUCUGUGCUCAUACAUGCUGCAAGGAACAAAACAUGGCUGGUCAAAUUAAGGACAAGGAGGCUUUUCAGCGUCUUAACUUUCUUUACCAGGCUGCACAUUGCGUUUUGGCUCAAAACCCAGAAAACGUAGAACUUGCCCGCUUUUAUUGCCAUACACAAAGAACAAUUAGCAAGCGAUUAGUCUUGAGACAGGAUCCAUCUGUCAAAAGAACGAUUUGUAAGCGAUGCAGCUCCCUCCUUCUUUCUGGAAUCACGUGUACUGUGCGUCAAAGAAAACGCCGAGGACAACGACUAACAAUCGUUCGAUGCCUGAGUUGUGGUCUUACCAAACGCUUCCUCAAUAACCCAAACUACAAACUGUGGUGUGAGCAGCCAGAGGCACAGUUAGAAAAUCAACCAAAGCCAGACCUAAAUCCUGGUUCUCAGCAAGACCCAACAAAGGAGAGAAGACCAUCGCCUACCCAACCAGACAGUGAAACAAGAGAGACUACUUAACUUCCCCAACUGCUAAGCGUGGAACCGCUGCAGAUGUACACUUAAUUUUCUGUAUUAUUUAUUUCGAUUGGAUGUUACAUAUGUUACUCCUAAAGCGUUAUAUAUAUUAUUUUUUUUCCAGUAAAUCUGUUGUGAUGAUACAAGCAUCUCCCAGUUUAAAGUUUAAAUAAAAUUAUUCCUGAGGUA